AUGGCAGUACUCGACUGGAUUGCACUCAUUCUGUGUGUUUUAGCAAGCUUUGACAACCAUGUAGGCCGUGUGGGAGCUGUAGACAUAGGUGUUUGCCAUGGGAGGCAGGGAAAUGACCUUCCUGCAGCAACAGAUGUUAUCAAUCUCUACAAAAAACACGGCAUUGCAAAAAUUAGGCUCUUCGAACCUAACCAUGCAGAGCUCGAUGCCCUGAAAGGGAGUGGAAUCGGCCAAGCUGCUGUGGACAUAUGGUUCAACGACAAUGUAGCUCCUUAUAUAAAUGACGGUAACAUCAAUUACAUCGCCGUCGGUAACGAGCCCGACCUUCCCGGUCUAUCUUCGGACAAUUCUGGGCCCUAUGAGCAUUGGUUGGAGCAGGAUAGCUCUGUAAUUUGUAUGAUCACAAAUACACUUUAUGCUGAUGCACUCACUCUAGUGAUUGGAUGUCAAACUUCAAAGGAGGUAUGGGCUACUCUCAAGCAAAGAUAUGGUUCAAUUUCUGAGUAUCACAUUAUGCAAUUGAAGUCCAACUUACAUAAUAUCCAUAAGGGGUCUGAUUCAAUAGAGAAAUACUUGUUGCGAUUUAAAAGUGUUAGAGAUCAAUUGACUACUGUAGGAGUGAGAAUGUCUGACCAAGAUAUGAAAAUAUUAUUUCUUGCUGGACUUCCUAGUGAAUAUGGUCAUACGAGACAGGUUAUCGGCAGAAUUUGA